AUGUUUUCAUUCAGACAAAAGAGGCAGUCCUGCCAGGAACCCACACAUAGUGCUACCAAUAAGUUUGCAUUUGCUCUACUUGGUCAGCUUCUGAAAGCCAGCAAUAAUGCCGACAAAAAUGUGUUUUUCUCCCCGUUCAGCGUGUUUUCAGCAGUCAGCGGUUUGCUUUUGGGUAGCGCCGAAGAAAGUGAGAUUGAACUAAAAAAAGCUUUGUGCUUGAAGAACGUCAGUGAUAUCCCAGAACAUUUACGACAAACAAGCAGUUCCAUUUUACAAGCUAUCGAAGGCAUAGAACUAUGCAUUGCAAACAAACUUUACUCAGAGACUUCAUUCGAAAUUAAGAAGGAAUUUUUGACUCUGCUUAAAGAAGUGCUCCAGACCGAUAUAGAGCCCAAAGACUUUAUUCAAAAUAGGAAGGAUGCCAGAUUAGCUAUUAAUAAAUGGGUCUCAGAAGUUACCAAAAACAAGAUCAAUGAUCUGCUGCAACCAGGCACCAUAACUGAAGACACCCGCCUUGUUUUGGCCAACGCUUUAUACUUCAAAGGAAACUGGCAAACGACGUUUAACCGAAUGAAUAACAUGAAAAAAGAUUUUCAUGUCACACCACGGAAAGUUGUUGAAGUGGAAUUCAUGGUGAGAAAGGAUUAUUAUCAAUUUGCUCGCGAUAAAGAUCUCAAAUUGCAGAUGCUGGAAAUUCCCCAUAAUGGUGGAGCAACAUCGAUGGUUAUUGUUCUUCCAUCAAAAAAAUUUGGCCUGAAGGCAAUUGAGAAGAAAUUUUCUGCAAAACAGCUCAACAAAAUAGAAAAAAAAUAUUCCAAAAAAGAAGUUGUUCUUAGUUUGCCAAGAUUUAAAAUUGAGUACAGCAGUGACCUUGUCGAAUCAUUCAAAGGUCUCGGAGCAAGAAGUAUUUUUGGAUCUGAUGCCAACUUCAGUAAAAUUUCAUGUAAAAAAGAUCUUUAUGUGUCGGCGAUUGUACAUAAAGCCUUCGUCGAUGUUAAUGAAGAAGGAACUGAAGCAGCAGCAGCUACGGCAACUGGUUGUACUAAAACGUUUCGUAAAUAUAUUCCACCAACACACAAGUUUACAUGUGAUCAUCCAUUCUUAUUUUUCAUAAAGCACAAACCUACCAAUACCAUAUUAUUUGUUGGGAGAUAUCUUAAUCCUGACGCAUAAAUGAUUCAUGUUAUUGGACACGCAGUGGACCUAUGGA